AUGUCCUCACAUUUACGAGCUCGCAAGGGAAAAGCCUCUGUUUAUCUCCAAAGAGGAAUGAGCGACGAAAUUAGCUAUGAAGAUGUGCUGCUUGCUCAGUACAUGGACGAAAUCCAAAAGAGUCCCCCUGUUCGUAAAGAAAGGUAAGUUCAGAGAUCGAUGAUUAUGUAAAUAAAAUAUUUAAUAGAAGGUAAAUGGAUCCCAAAAUCUCUAAUUCAUAGCGUUUAGUUACCUUCACAGUUGAAUUGUGUUUAUGGCCACACAAAGUGGUUAAAGGUGAUAUGAAUUGGUGAUGAAUGAUGAAUUAUUCAACUUCACAUUCUCCCUGAUCUUAAUUACAGAAACUAAUUAGAUUUGAUAUAAUUGCUCAGGUGAUUAUAGCAGUGGUGCUGAAUUUCAAAUGACUGCCUUGCAUUUUGUCAAUGUUACCAAAUAAGUGAUAAAUGUUAUAGGAGAAAAUUCAAUUCCAAAGAACACAAAAAGUUUUUUGUGUGACACUUUUCACAAGUAAGAUAUGAAGUUUUUGCUGAUUAAAUUAAAUAAACCUGUAAAAUCCUAAAGGAAACUGUCUGCCUAUUUAAAUACAAUUAAUCAAAACAAUUGUAACAAAGUAUGCCCAACUCUCUUUAUGCACAGAAUGAUUUCAACAACAAAACAAAUUUACAAGAGAAUAUGAAAGCAUCUUAAUAAUCAUACUUGCUUCAAGCUGAGUGAAUAAUUGCUAGAUACAUCUUUUUUAUUUCAUUUCCAAGGGAAGCAAAGUUGUCCCCAUAUGCAGUAUCAGCACACUCACAUAGCAGUACUCAGUUAAAGAGACCAAAGUCAGCCAUAUUGUCUGGUAAGGGAAAAUCAAGGGGAAGUGCUGAUCCCAUAACCUUCCAAAGUACUCCUCAAACUGUGAUUGGUUGGGCUGACAAAACUGAUUGGACGAUGACAGAGCGACGUCCAAAACAGCGUACACGCCCUGUGUCAGCUCCUGCUACCAGAACCAGGUGAAAAUUAAGUAAUGUUCAUCAAGUGGAGUAAAGUUUAUCAAAUAAUUAUUACUUGCAUGCAAAUUAAGUGAUCUAUGUACUAGCUGAUUGAACCAACAGCUUUGUAAAGUCACCAAGAUCUGUCUGAAAAUUGAAACAUGUUGAAUUUCUUAAUUUUUCAGGCCUUCUUUGUUAAAUUACAAUUCAAUUUCUUUUGUGAUUGGGAAAAUUUUCUCAUCAUUACAUCCUUGAAGUUUUCUUUAUUUCUUGAACAUGAUCAAUGCUUAAUGAAACUCUACCAUACCUGUGUUAAUACCAAAUGCUUUUUUCCCUUUUCACUUUUUGUACUUAGGUCGAGCUCAGUCAGCUCUGGAACUUCAUCAUUUUCCAGAAGAUCAUCAGGUUAGCAAAACAUGUUGGUAUAUGCAAGCAUUUUUAAUAUCAAGAAUCCUCCCAAAGUAUCUCUCUUUUUGUUUUGCUCUUUCUCUUAGUGUCUAGUUCAGCUAGUGGCAAGAAGACAAAACCAUUGUACAAGAAAAAACCUCCACUUAUUUGCAUCAGAGCAUUUCAGAAUGGAAACAGGGAUAACUACGCUAGAAUUGCAGUUCCAGAUCUUGCUCAGGUAUGAUGGUUAGCUUAGUAUUUUGUAUUAGUAUUAUUAACUUAGUAUUUUUUUAAGUAAUACUUAUCUCUGUUGAUUGAUGACAUAUCAGACUUUCAAUUUUUGGAAACAUGUUCCUCUUUACAGCUCCUUGAUGCCUGCACAGACAAAUUGGGACUUGUGUCUGCAGCAAGGAAGCUCUUUCUAUCUGAUGGCACACCUGUUACUCAUCCCAGACAGCUCUCACGGGAUGUGGAUGUUUAUGUCUCCUGUGGAGAGGCUUUCAGAGAUCCUUAUGCUUCUAUAUUAGGUAGUGAUAAGCAUUUCAUUCCUUUGAAAUUUAAAAUUUUUCUAGAGCUUGAAAGGAGCAAAAACAGUUUACACUAGACCAAUUUUUGGGUAUCAUGAACCCACACCUCAAACAUUGGGCUAAAAGAAAAGAAAUUCUAAUGAAAAUGAGUUUGUUUGCAAGCAAACUAGAAAAUUAUUUUCACCAUUUUAUCUUAGGCUUUGCUUUUUCCAUUGUUUUAAAACAGUGGCUUUGGAUAAUUCAGAAAUGGCCGUUGGUUUGUGAGAAUCCAGCUAGAUGAAUAUGCAUACAAGCUAUUAAGAUGGCUGGUUAAGAUUUAAUAUCCCAUUAAAUGCUGUUACUACUGUUUCACAGACAUAACCAGUACAAUUCCUAUAAUCUUAAGUCAUAAAUGUUUUCCUGUGCAUUUCAUUCCAUUUUAUCAAUAGACAGAGAAGAGCUACGCAGGUCUGCUUCUUGGACACUGAGUGGAAUAGUUCUACCAGAGGAUCGCUCCAGAGGCCGCACAAAGCCAUCUCUCUCCAAGAGAAUGCAAUCACUUGUGGAAAGUCAAAAGAGAAGAAUAUUGGUGUUCAGGAAUGGCGAGAGCUCUGAAGGAGUGGAAAUAGUUGCCGGUAGAUUUGAUGAGGUACGAAAUUUGGGUACUAGUAAAAUAUUACAUUGCAUGGUGACAGAAGGUUAUAUGGUGAUUAAUCAAAUCUUUGACAAAAGCCUCAAACAUAAUUGAUUAGGAGCAGCCUUGUUUGAGCACCAACAGGACUGAAAAUAUGUCAUGCUUGUGAUCAGACAGUGUGACAACACUGCUAACCCAUUGUAUCAGUGCAUUGGAUGGUCAAAGUCAUUGAUGCAUGCUAUCAAUAUAGAGAGUAUUUUUUCAUGGAAAAAAGUCAACUGUUAUGUUUUUAUUUUUUUAAACAUUUAACUGCAAAGUAGCUCUUUUCUAAUAGACUUACGUUCUGUUUUUCAUUUAUUGGGAACAAGUCUUUGUGUUUUCCAAUUUUAUCAAAAAUUGGACUCCACUGAUCAGUCCUAUUACUUUUAUUGAUCAUACUGAUGACCAAUUAUCAGUAAUUGGGGUCCUGCUUGUUGUUCACUCUUAAUCACCCAUGCUAACUGACUGAACUGGAAUCCUCUUGGUACUCCUUGUUAGACAACAUUUCAUAUAUUUUUAUUCUCAGUUCUUGGAUGACUGUACAAAGAAGUUAAACCUGGAGUCUGGGGCUAGAUUAUUGUUUGACUGGCAGGGAAAGGAGAUUAAGAGCUUCUCAGAAGGUUUGUAGCUGAUGAAAUCCCAAUUCUGAUUAAAAUUUUACCCCAGAGCCAUCUUGUUAUGUUUGGAGGCUAAGUGCCAUUAAGGUCAGGUUUUAUGCUUUAAAGAGAUAUUAAACUGGGACUUGUAGGGUUAUUAUCAGUUUGUACAUAUUGUUUUUAGAGAUACAUGUGAUCCAAUAACUUUCUUAUCAUCCUUUUCAUAGUACCAGUACUGGACAGAGUUCUUCAGCCAUCAGUCAGUGUUAUUUUAGGACCAGUUUGGGUGACCAGAGGAGGGGAGCGAUUCAGUCCCAAAGGAGCUUAUCAUUUUAUCACAACGCUAUUGCUGAGUACUAAGGACAGAUUAAAACAAAGCAAAGCUUACAAGCUUGAGGUAAGAAAAAUAUUUUCACAACCAAACAGUUUUUUGUGUAUUAAGUGACAAUAUUUCUUAGCAGCUUUUUUUCUGUAACUUUGAUGAAGCAUAUACAGAGCAAUUUAACACUAGUGAACCAUGAAUAUUUAGUUUAUAUACAGUGACUAAGCAAUAGUAUUUGUUUACCAUUGGAGACUGCAAGAGUAAGGUAAAUUCUAACAGUAAUUGAUCACAUUAUUUUCUGGGUUUUUUUUUUAUUUAAUAAUAUCUAAUUGUGGAAUUGCUUCAACAGCUUGAAAAAAGUCUGAAGGAUGAAGAAGUUGUCUCCAAAGAAAUAAUGGCCAUGAGUGAAGCAGAGAUUGAAAAUGAAAUCAAAGAGGUAAGGCUUACUGAUUUUGAAAGUUAUGACUUUUGACUGACUGUUGAGACCCUGUUUUGGUAACUUUUAAAAAGUUGGUUGUAAUAUAUAGGAAUGUAGCACAGGGGUGGGGGGGGGGGGUGUCCUCGUCAUGUUUCAGGCAUGAAUUUCAGGAAAAUUCAAGUGUCUUAUGGACAUUAAACAGCAUUCACAUGUAGUGAAUUUAAAGAGGAGACUUGAGGCAUUUCACAAAAUGAUAGAAGAAACUCAUAGGUAGUAUAGACUGAGACAAAUUAUGCUUCAUGCUGGUGUAAAAAUUCAUGAAUCAUGCUCCCCUUUCUGUUCAGUUUGUGUGUCACAUAUCAAUUUUUGCCUUAACCUGGGGUCUUGUAUAAACCCUUGGCAACCAUUAUUUGGUGAGUGAACACUUAACAUAAGAGGCCUACAUUGCUGGAACUUAACCUGGUCUCCUAGUCGUGAAGCAGUAAGAAACUGCCAUUACCUCAGAGUGGGAUGUCAGACCAUUACUGACUCUGUCAGCAUCCUUUCAGGUUUCCCUGGCCUGACAGUUGGGUGAAAGCAGUUUAUACUCCUGGGUUGAGAGAGGAAAUGUAAGAGUAAAGGAUCAUACCUCAUAGAAAUAACAUAAAAAAAUAACACCUUAAAAUGGCCUGGUCUAACGAGGCCAGACCAUUAAAGGCUACAAUUCUGAUGCAGUUAGUGUCAGGCCUUGACAACCCCCAUGUAUUAUAUGAUACAAAGCUUGUACACAAUAUGAGUUUUCUUAUGAAAUUAAUCUUUAAUUAAUAGUCAUGCUGAGUCUCAUUAUAUGAUAUCUCCCUUAAAGGUUGACCAGCACAUUACAGACUUGUCAAGUGUGAUACCAACACUACAAUCUCAUCUGGGUUUGGUGGAAGCAGCAUCACGUGAAGAGGUGUCAGCAGGAUUGGAAAACUACAGAUAUCAGCACUUGUCACAAAUUGCCCCUGAGAGCAGAUUGUUGGGAAAACAGGGUCUGAAACUAAAGGUAAACUACUGGUUGGAUAAAUUUAAUAACAAAUGUACUAUUAGUUAUUAUAAUUACCCUUUGUUGUUACCAAUUUAGUAUCUUUUUUAUCUCCAUAAUCAUUAUCAUAAUUAUUUCAUUUGAUGUUGAUAUCAGAAUUAAUACCAAGUAAUUUAGUUCAUUAGCAAUCCCUUGCUUUUGUCAAUUGAAGUCACAUAACAUCAUUUGUAGCACAAUAUAGCUGACAAGCCCAAUUUGUUCAAAGGGUGGAUAAUGCUAUCCACUGGAUUUUUAUUAAUUUGGUGGACUUUACAGUACUUUUUAUUUAGUUUAACACAUAAUUUAUCUUUUGGAUAGCAUUAUCUGCCCUUUGAACACUUGGGCUUAAAACCAUAACUAUGCUGAUUUUUGUUAUUUUUCUAUUUACUUAAAGAAAUAAUUCUAUUUGUAUUUCAUCUUUUGGUUUUUGUUGAUGAUUCUUUUUUUCUCAUGAUUAGGUGUAUGAAAAUGGUUCUGCAGAUGGUGGAGUGAUAGUUUACUUCAAUUUACAUGAGGCAGAGAAAGGAAUCCAGGGAGAUAAGGCACAGUUAAUGCAUCGCUUUCUUGACACUUGUACCAGCAGUCAGAAGGUGUCAGACAGCAGUGGUGGGCCAGCUGGCAGGAGGAUUGCUAAAAGGGUGUACACUAGGGAAGGAGAGGAGAUCACUGAUGUGCAUGAAUUGGUGUAUGAUCAACAGAUAUGGCUGUCAUAUGGAGAAGACUUUAAGCCACCUCAUGGUAUAUUUUAAGAAAGAUUCAUUUUCAAAGAAACUCAUGUCUUGCGAGUAAAACAACUGGAGUUGUAGAAUACUAACUCUGAUAGUGUAGUAUGAUCAUUCAGGUGAGUGUAGUCCUUACUGAGAAGGACUGUUGUCGGUGGUGGUGACUGAUGUUUUGAAAACCUGAGGGGAACUCAUCAUCAGAGUCAAGAGACUCUGGCUCUGGUUUAACUCUGAUGAUGACUUCCGCUCAGGUUGUUGAAACAUCAGUCACCACCGUCAACAACAGUCCUACUCAGGACUACACUCACAUUACUCACACUGUUGUCAGUGUCACAUUCUUGAUGAUUAAUUAACCACAGUAUGUUACAAGCCAUAGCCCAUUACCAGAGCAAAGUGCUAUUGAUAUAAGAUGGAGAGUCAGUAGCAUGUGUUGACUUAAUUUGAAUUAAACAAUCAACAUGUGUAACACCCCAAAUAAUUUUUCUUUAACCCUUUCCAUCCACUAAGCAUUCAUAUCUCAACACUGUUCUGUUUACAUUUCUUAUGGUACUGAAAAGUAGAAUUUGUUUGACAAUUAGGAGCUUCUUGAAUUUGUGAUCAUUAGCUUUAUUCUGAAGAGGUUUACAUUUGAUUUAGGGUGAUAGUGUAAGGGGAAACUAGAAGUCAGACACUAAAAGGGUUAAAAGGUUAACAAUUUCUUGUAACUAGCUUACCAACUUAUAUAAACCAAGGGUUUCACAUGAGGAAUUGCUUUUUGUAUCUGAUAUACAAUUUCUUUGCAUGUUCAUGAUUGUUUUGCAGUCGUUGUUCUUCAACUGUGCUUAGACAAAGCUACAUGCUUAUCACUGUGGGGAGAGAAGGAGAUGGUUCAAAGAGAGAGUUUUGAUGAUGAAGGCAAAGGCAAGGAAAAAGCUUCACUGUGGAGAGCAGUGAAUGGUUUUCCUUCAGGCAGCAAACGUCACCUUGUCAAUCUGCUUAAUCCUGGUAGUGAACUCUCACAAGCUCAAAAUCUGCAGGUGGGUGCAAAAUACCAGUCAUCAUAAUCCAUCAAAUAUUUUUUCUUGUGUGUUAUUGGUCUAAAUGCAUCAUGUGACCGAAUAUGCCUACCUAAAAACUUGAGAAUAUCUGAAAAUCCUCAAAGCUCACAGUUUUCCUGAUUUCAUCUCGGAACUGAUAAUGUCAGCUGACAAAUAUCCAUGCAUAUUUUUGUGCUGAAUAGAGGCUAUUGUGUAUUUAGCAAAUUUUUUGAAACAAGUAAAUUGCCAACUUUCCUAAUUGGAUAGUUCUUCUUAGAUACCCCUGAAUGGUGUAAAUCACAUGUCUUAAGGAACACUUUCACGAUUAGGAGCUUCUUGAAUUUGUGAUCAUUUGCUUUAUUGUGAAGACCUUUGCAUUUGAUUUAGGCUGAUAGUGUAAGGGGAAAUUAGAAUCAGGACAACUUUAUUUUGAUUCUAGUUUUGGAUUCUCAAUCCAGUAAUAAAACUGUGCUGUUAAGUUAUAAAAUGAUUUUUAUGCUUUAUUUUUUUAUAUAUAUAACUGUACAUCAGAUGAUGCGUGUGGAUGAGAAUGGCUGUUUCCUGCAGUAUAAAGAGAACAAGAACCUGGUGCUUUAUCCAGAACUUUCUGUGACAGAAAAGAAGAAGAAAGGAGAUAGAGGGUCAUGGCUUCUUGAUCCACAAGGAUGGGUUGUAACACAGGUAUAGUCCUAUAUUUAUCAAAAGUAUCUGUGGUAUUUAUCAUGUGUGUAGAAUAGGUCUUAUUCUUUUCUUUCGAAACACACUCUUGAGAUAAUUUAUUAAUGCUAUGUACCUAUUGACUGAGUUAGAUGGGGUUAACUGGUGAUUUAAAGGAUCUUAAUUAAUGUUGCCGUUGGUCAGUACAUCAUGUCCAAGUGCUAAAUAUUCGGGACCAUAAGCAAACCAAUGAGGAUGUGGCAGAACAAUAGCUCAGCAAGUGUGUUCUAAAACUUUGUACAUCUCUUAGUCAUUCCCUCCAAAACAACAAUGUGAAAUCACCAACAUUUGCAUGAUCUUGAAAGAAUUUUCGUUUUUUUUGGAACUCAAUGCAGCCCACAUGUUAUGCUGAAGUUGAGGUGUGGCACCAUGAGAGAUGGUAAAUGGGUCUAGCCAUUUUCAAAAUUCUAGCUAAAAAACAGUCCAUUUUUUUUAUCAAUGUCUUCCUCAGUGUUGCCAUCCUGAUUGUCUAAGGCUCCCUAUUUUCCCUCAAGGACCAUCUUGAGUUAGUCACUGUGCAGUUUAUCACAUGACCACUGCCCAUUCAUUGUCUUCUUCCUUGUUGAAUUUUAGUUUCAUUGGGCUGUACAGCUUUUUCUGGCCUGUCUCUGGUCACUGGGUAUAGUCCUCCAGUUUUCUUCCCUCCACAAAAACCAACAUUCUCUGGAAACAGUAGACAAGAAGAGCCUCCUCAUAUAUGGAGUGUCCACUGCUAAAUCCCCUUUUUUUUCUUGAUUUUCUUUAUUAUAUUUUUAUGAUGAAUCAAGGUUAGUUUUUGCUUGUUGUGUGAUGUGCUUGAUAUAUCUUGGUUUUUUAGAUCUUCACUUGUGGUCUACAAUUGUUUUUCAGAGUGGUUUGAUUCACAGUAAGGCCAUGCCACAGCUAGUGUUGUCCAGGUCAGAACAUGCCAUCACUGUGACAUAUGGAGAUAAGGUUGUAGAAGGUUAUCCUGUGGUAGUUUCAAAAAGGUGAGUAUGAGUGAAAACAUUUAUUCAUUGCUUUACUUGAAACUUGUCUCACUCACAAUGCAUAGCUCAAAGCUAAAAUGGUAGUACUGCCCAACUAGUUUCUGGGAGGCACAGGUUUGAAUCCUAUAGAAGCCUUAAUUUUAUUUCUGGCUUAUUUUCUGCAAUUGGUUAAACUCCAGCACACCUGCAAUGAUUGUAGCUUUACUUGAUUUUUUUCAGCAGGUCAAUUGAAAUUUGUUUCGUUUAAAAUUUUGACAAGGGUUUAUAGUAAGUUUCAGUUUUAUGAUUUAUUUGUUAUUUUACCAAGUAAGCUUAUCCUAUAGUUUUUCUUUGUCUUCAAAUUUACUCCUUUUUUGUAAACAAAAACGCCAGGAAUCCCAGUGAUGUUAGUCAGCAGUGGGGAUUCAGCCCUUCAGGACAGAUCUACUCUCUCUCAAAACCAAGUCUUGUGUUGACGUAUAUUGGAGAUCAUGAAGUUAAAGAAAUUAGUUCAGAUGAAAAGCCUUCAAAUACCAGCCUAAUAGAGCAAGAAUCAUCGUCUGGCUUAAGAAAUUUAAAUUUCAUGGAUGAAGCCAGAUUUGGGGAGCAGAUUUCCAUCACAGAGGGUGCUAACAUGGAGCUCAGUCCAUCUCCAUCUGAUGGGACCGAGGAGAACACUGAGGCAGGGCUUGGACAACUUAAAGACGAGUUUCUAGGUCAGAAAUACUCAGUUGUGCUUUUGCCUAAAAAGCAUGGCGAUGGUACUCAAAGGUAAGAUAAGAAAAAGGACUGUAAUUAUACAAUAAGAUGGAGUCAAAUCACAUGGGCAUCAAUAAUGCCUGAUAUUCAUAAUACUUUGAAUGAUGUAUUUUUAUUGCUGAGUUAUUGUUUUAUUUUUUCUUUAUCAUUUCUUGUGAUUUAGAUGGGCUAUUAAACAAGAAGAUUUGUCCAAUAUUGGUCAGUGGAAAUAUUCAACUGUUUCUAAUCCUGAGUGGAAUAAGAGAGCACUGUCCUGGCCAGUUAAUGAGGAUGGAACCUGGAACACUGUAUGUAAACAAUAAUGUUAUCCCCUUGUUUUCAUGUUAGAUUUUCACAAUACAACCACCCUAUUGAUCAGGCUUUCAUCUCAUGUAUGUUAAAAAGGAUAUACAUAUUAAAAAAUGCCAAUAACAGAGUCCUUCACUGUUUAGUAAUUGAACCAUGAUAUUGUUUUUUUUUUAAAGAAAUUUAUUGUUUGAAUGAUGCAAUGGUACUUUCAUUCAGGGAACAUGGGACUUUGAAAAGGAUUCUCUGAAUUAAGGUGUCCCUUUAGAAAGAGUAACAUAAACAAAGGUUAAAAACUGCUUUUCUUAGUGGAAGUUGGGUGCCUGAAACAUCCAGGAGCUUCCACUUUUGACAGCCAGCUCUUAGAUGGAGACUUCUCCCAUGGCUGGCAAAUCCUGGCAACCCAGCCGUGAGCUCCCUCACAGGAAAGGGAAACAGCGCCCAUCACAGUGAAUAAAUACUGGAAAGAGGGAGGGAAGGGGUGGGGAAAACUGCCAAGACCACUCCUCACAAUGGUGCAAGUUUAUGCUCACAGCACAUGCAAGAUGGCCUCAAAUGAAGAGCACAUGGAAUUCCAACGCAUGUGCAUGUGCCAAAAAACCACUGACUACUAAAGAACGCUGAUGCUCUUUGGUGUUAACUCUGUUAAACUGCAUUUAUAGGAUAAUUUUCUUUACUUAAAUCAAAGUUGGGGUCUCUUGUCUUAGCCCUUUCACUCCCAAGAACUCAUUUGUAAUUCUCCUUACUGUCUGCCAUACAAUUCUUGUGAUGCUAGUUCAGAGAAUUUGGUAUUGAAUCAACUAGUAAUUUCCUUAUUGAUAUUUUUGUUCAUUCUCGCCACUUGUCUGCAUGAUGUUGUAUUGAAAUUGUGAGGAGAAAUUCUGUCUUGGUCACUCAUGGGAAAUAAAAGAGAGGUUUCACUUGAGAUCAACAAUUUGACUUAAUUUGCUUUUUGUUAAUGUUGCUUUACCACAGGAUUUCACUUGGCCUAUGGAAGGUUUCCUGUUACCUUUUGCUCCACCAGUCAAAAAGGCCUCACAAAAGACAGUCAUUACAGCAGGUACAGUAAGACAUCAGCAUCUUAAUGUUUUUCAAACAUGUUAACCAUGAAAAGUCAUUCAUAUAGUUACAGAAUGUCCUUGAGGGAAACUUGUAUUGCGAUUAAUUAACAUGAUCACUCAUUAUCAGUGCUUAUAUAUGUGCGUAACUUGGAUCUUGAAAUAAAUCUCCUUCUCUCUGCAGUUUGUUUGUAUAAUUAUAUUAAACCCUUAAACCCCCAAGAUCUGAUUCUUAAUUUUCCCCUCUAGCUGCUACACAUUUACUUGUGGAUUAGUUAAAAGAAUUUGGUGUUAAAUCAAGAUGACAAUGUCUACCUGAUAAAUCUGAGUAUUCUCGUUAGCUUUUUGCUGGAUAAUGUAUGAAUAUUAUGGGAAAAGUUAUAUGUCAAUUAUUUCUGGGAGUUAAAGUUUUAAAAAUGAAUUUAACGAAAUAUGGAUUUUAAAGUCUCCUGAACUUCUUUACCUUUUUUUUAUUUUAUUUAAGAACUUGUUAGUAUAUUUAUAUUGAUGAAACAAAUUUUGAUUUUACUCUAAAAAUCCCUCUUGGAUAAAAAUUUGUAUACAAUUUUCUUCAUUUACCAGCAAACCUCAGCAAAUUUGUGUUAAUUUUCUUGUGAUCAGGAAAGGGUUUAAUAAAAUUUGAAUUUUUGCCUUAGCUUUAGUUAUUCCUAAUUUUUUUCCAAAAUUUGUCCUUAGAAUUUGGUAGAAGAAUUAAUGUUUGUGUUACUCUAAAUAAAAGUGAAUGAGUUACUAACCUGCACAGAUAUUAAUAACAGAGCCAAAUAUAUUAUGUUCAGUCAAUUUGCAAGCAUCUGUUUAGCAGGUGCCUUUGAUGACAUAUUGACAUUUAAAGCCUGAUGUAAAUUAUUAAUCGCUUGGUGAUUUUUGCAUAUAUGUUGAUCUGUAUGUUACAAGCCUGUCAAAGUGAAAUUAAGAAAUUUUCUUAACUAAAUUGAAUGUUAGUUUUUUAAAAAAAAUUGUUUUCCGAGGUUACUACAUGAGAAAAAAAGAAACACAAGAUUUAAUAUGCGUUAUGGUGUUCCUAUGGGAAUGUUUUGCCAACUGUUGUUUUAAAACAGUAUAUUGUUUGGCUCCAUCAGUUAAAUAAGGCAAAUUCUUGUCAGAUAUGCGUAAGUACUUAACAAUUCUUUCCAGUAUCUGUCUUGAAGAUUACUUAAAACUGCCUCAGUUGAGAUAUACAAUGUAAAUGUUUGUAUUUAACUAAGUCUUUGAUAAAUUGCUUUAAUACCAAGUCAUUAAAAAUUUUUUAAUUUUCAGGACUUAUCCCAUAUUUAUAACAAAUGCUUGACAGAUUUUCUGUUAGAAGUUAUUGUCAAAUGUUAAUAAAAUUGUGUUGCAGGAAAUAGAUUUUAUAGUUUGUAGUAUUGGACUUUUACUCAUUAACUAGCAGUGUUCUUAACAGGGUAUUUAUUUUGCAGGGUUUGAUUUUGAUGACUCUUCUCUUUAUGUUUCAGUCUAUUCCUCUAAUUUUCUUUUGUGCUGAUCCUUUAAUUUGUUGUUAUUAUUAUUAUUAUUAUUAUUAUUAUUAUUAUUAUUAUUAUUAUUAUUAUUAUUUCAGGGACCCCAGCCAGAUUACGAGUGUUGAAAAAUGGGGAAUCAGAUCACAGCAGAGCUGUUACAGUUGUCGGUCCUGACUUGACAAACGUGAGUUUCUUAAUCACUCAUAGUUAACCUGUAAGAGUGACCAGCAGCUAAUUUCUCCUUACAUUAUCACCCCUGAAUCAAACACAAAGGUCCUGAGAAUAAAGGAAUGAUGACUAACUAAAGAAGCUCUUGAUUGUUAAACAAAUUCUCCUUCUCAGUACCUUAGGAAAUGUAUAGAGAGGAGUAUGGAGAAUAUGCCUACUGAUUUUAGGGUUUAAACAGGAAGGCAAAGUGCUACAACACCUGACUUGAAAUACUGUUUUCCUCCAAUUUUUGAUCUACCUGUUGCCUCUGGCCCCUAGCCCCUUAAUUCUGUUACCUUUGAAAUACUGUUUUCCUCCAAUUUUUGAUCUACCUGUUGCCUCUGGCCCCUAGCCCCUUAAUUCUGUUACCUUUGAAAUACUGUUUUCCUCCAAUUUUUGAUCUACCUGUUGCCUCUGGCCCCUAGCCCCUUAAUUCUGUUACCUUUGAAAUACUGUUUUCCUCCAAUUUUUGAUCUACCUGUUGCCUCUGGCCCCUAGCCCCUUAAUUCUGUUACCUUUGAAAUACUGUUUUCCUCCAAUUUUUGAUCUACCUGUUGCCUCUGGCCCCUAGCUCCUUAAUUCUGUUACCUUUGAAAUACUGUUUUCCUCCAAUUUUUGAUCUACCUGUUGCCUCUGGCCCCUAGCCCCUUAAUUCUGUUACCUUGGAAAUACUGUUUUCCUCCAACUUUUGAUCUACCUGUUGCCUCUGGCCCCUAGCUCCUUAAUUCUGUUACCUUGGAAAUACUGUUUUCCUCCAAUUUUUGAUCUACCUGUUGCCUCUGGCCCCUAGCUCCUUAAUUCUGUUACCUUGGAAAUACUGUUUUCCUCCAAUUUUUGAUCUACCAGUUGCCUCUGACCCCCCAUAUCAGUCAUAGUGGUACCAGUGUUGGUUAUUUCAUGUUGGCUUUUUUUUUUCAGAUGCUUCAUGAUGUCAAUGACACAAGUCCAAAAAGUCCUUUGAAAAAACACAAAAGGUGAAUUUGUUUAAGCUAAAUACUGCUCCAAUAAUAAUAAUAGUACAGUAAUAUAAUAAUCAUGAAAUUAAUCGACCACUCCCCCAACGGAGCUUUCCAGUGCUUAUAUAGACGAAUGAACUUUGUAAGUGAACAUACCGUUUAAAAAUCCCAACACUAAAAGGAAACUUUAACUGUAACAUAUAAUUGAUAACCCUGGAGUCAUAACAAAUGUUGAGAGUAUGUCCAUGUGUUACUUGUUGUUUUUGCCCGGUAGGAUAUAAAAAGAGAAAUGCCUCAUUUGUACUUUGCUCUUGUUGAACUCUCCUAUAAAGUUUGCAACAAAUUAAACCUGGAACCCAUAAGAGUGACUAGCAUCUAAUUUUUUCUUACGCUAUCACCCCCAAAUCACACACGAAGGUCAGGAGAAUGAAGGAAUGAAUACCAGCUAAAGAAGCUCCUGAUGGUCGAACAAAUUCUCCAUGUCAGCACCUUAAGUAAUGUAUAGGGAACAGUUUGGAGAAUAUGCAUACGUUAGGGUGUAGAGGGUUGAACAGCUAUUGCUAUUUCAAGAAAUCUCUUCACUAUGUGUGUCUGUGUUUCAGGCGAGCGACUUUGAGCAAACAUGAACAUGCUGGUGAAGACUCAGCUGGUUCCUGUCAUCCACGUGAUCACAAGCAACUUGAACUGGAUCUUGUAUGUCUUAUAGAUUUCUUUAAUCAGAAAGAACUUCGAUGUUGUUCCAGUCUUGAUGAAAAUCUCAAACCCAGUCGUCAGACCAAACAAGCUGAUACAAGCACUGGAUAAAGAUCUAAGAUUUUUAUCUUAGACAAGAUAAAGUGUGGUGUAUUUUCAUUUAGUGUCUUUCUUGAUUUCCCAUGAUCUUGGUGACAAUUGUGUUUUGCUAGUAUGGCCAGUCGGACCAUACUAAUAUAAAUUUUUUCCAAAGUUGAUGGAAAAGACGUGUGGGUGGUCAAAGCCACCUUAAAUUGUUUUCAAUUUCUUGGGUGACGCUAACCAAAUAAUUUUAUUUCACACUUCACAACCCUUACAUUUUGAGACGCUGGUUAUUUUAUGACAAACAACAAUAAAGGACUUUGCGCUCAAGCUAAAACACAUAUACUAAUUCUUAGCCACAACCACUCAACAGUUUCUCGAUAGAUGUACUGAAGCAGUUGGUUUGCCGUUUGCUGCUCGAAGACUUUACACUGAAGACGGCAAAGAAGUUGCUCGUUUAUCAGAGCUGGAGAGAAAUCAACUUGUGUACGUCACGUGUGGUGAACCCUGGAGUGAUCCACAGCUGUCUUACUCUGAGCAACAGAGGAGAGCAGUGCUUGCAAACCUAGCUGCUGAUAUCUCUCACAUUAGACAGUACUGUGCCUUAAGGGAACCUUCAGGUAUACUUGCUUUUCUUACUCAGCCUGAAACGCAGGCGUAUUGUUAAAUUCGGGUGCCAAAAAUACGUCUGAUCCGUUGUUAACAUUUUUAAAAGUGGAGUGUCGUUGUACUUUUAAGAGUUCUAAUCCAUUUAAGCACAGAGAAUAUCACUGGUUGUGUUAAGUAAAAAAUAAGUGGGUGACACUCAUUCUGGUAGCUUGGUGAGAAAAUCUUUUCUAAUUUCAGCCGUCCGCCUCCACCCUUCCCUCCCCCUUUUCGCUUGUGUAUGUCCACCCCACAUACCCUGAGGAGUUAAUGUCUGGGGUUAGAGAGGUAUUAUUCGAUAAUAUCAAGUAAGCCUGAUUAGAUAAAUGUGGUUAUCACAACAACUGCAUUGUUUUGUCAACAUAUUAUGCCGAAAAUGGUGCAAUUAUAGUACAGAAUGCAUGCGAGUAGCUCUAUAAAUAGAUCUGAUAUAAAUGUUGCUGUUAUUUGUUGAUUGUUGGCUUUUGACAGACUUGGUCCUUCAAGUUGACGGAGCUGUUACCACUGGUUCUCGUGUGUGUGUCGUGAAAUGUGCCCUGAGCUCUGAUGAACGAGAAAAACUGGCUUCUGGCAAAAAUGACGAAGAAUUACCCAUGGAAGAGGAAAGGUAUUCUAGACUGAAAAAAACUUAGGUUCAAGGUUUGGUCUUGAAGCAAAAGGUGUCUAAUAUAUCUAAUGCAUUUGCGUUUCACUGCCAUUUCUCCUCUAGUCGUGAGGAUAUUUACAGCCAUGCUUUAAAUGCUCACGAAAGGUCUCACAUCAGAGCUGAGCAGCGCCUUAAUUCCUUACGGUGGUCUUGGGAAAAUGAAAAGACCCUAAAAGACGACCCAUCAGUUGAUGAUAAGGAUGAUGACGACUUCGUCGAUGAAGUGAUGUUCUCUGAUCGACAACUACAAAGAAAAUUUAGGUAUUCUAUCAUUCUCCUCAGUAUUUUCGUAUCUGUUAAAUAAAAUUAUAAUUUAGUAGGAAAAAAAAAUCAUUCUCGUCACACGUUUUUGAUCUUUCUUUCGGUUUUGACUGUUGAUGUUUAAUUGUUCAUUUAGACUGACUGUUAAAUUUAAAUUAGGCUUUUUUUUCUUUUGUCUGAAAACUUUUAACCGAGGCAUGUGAGUAACCACGCGAAACUUAAUAAGAACAUAGUAACAUUAACUGAAUCACAAGCGUGGAAAAACAAAAGAGUCACGCAAAUCAGACUUUUCUGGCACAGACCCAGUGCAUCGUGAAGGGAUUGGCCUAUGCUUUUAACAAAUGUGUCGUGGAACCAAAAACACGUAAUUUCAUUCGAAAGAGCUUGACAAGGGUCAGCACAGAAAUUUCAAAUUGUGUCACGAUUUGUGAAGGAUGGUUAAUAAAUCUUGACGUUGUCCAUGUUUAGCAUGUUCCCCUACCUUUUUUAUAUUUACAGUUUACAUGUAAGUCAUUCAAACAGAUUUGUCGGGUAUAGACAUGAUCAAGCCCCUUCACUCAAUCUUCUUUUUACAUUUCAGACGCCAGGUUCUCAAGACUCUCGAUGCCAAGCCAGCAGACCCCUGCCAGCGACAGAGGUGGUCCUUAAACAAUGAUGGCUUCAUCAGCCUUAAGGGAACCUCGUUGGUGUUAGGACUCACAGAUUCUUCUAAUGAGGUACUUUUCAGAGCUUUCAGAGGAAGUUGUUAAAAUAUCCUUUCUUCUCUUUAAUGCGCCACAGAGGAACAAUAUGUCCAAGACAGGUACUCAUCUAGAACACCUAUUCAGGAAAUUGUGCUUUAUAUUACAUACUCAGUUCAUUAACUCUUUAACUCCCAAGACCAGAUUACUAAUUCUCCUCUCUGACUGUAAUAUGUUUCCUUGUAAAUCAGUUACGAGAAUUUGGUGGUAGAUCAAGAUUACAUUUUUACCUGAUUUUGAGUAUUCUUAUCACAUUUUGUUGGAUAUGGAUAUUAUGGGGAGAAUUUACAUGUAUAUCACUUCUAGGAGUUCAAGGGUUAAAACAUGUCUUGUCACAACGUAGACUAUUAAUAAAUGACUGUAAAUAUAUGAAAAUCACAUAUGUGAACUGCGGUUUAAGAAUCGAAUAUGGAAGCAAUCCUCGCAGUUAUGAACACUUCUUCAGAAGUAGUGAAAAUGAGGCCUAUUUUCACUACUACGUAAGCUGUGUUUAUGGCUGCAAAGAUCGCUUCCACAGACUAUUAAGUCACAAUGAGAUCAUUCGCAUAAGGUCAAGCCCUUAUCAACCAUCAUGCGUAGAAAUUUAGAGCGGAUGAUCGAAUCAUUUCAGAGCAAAUUUGAAGUGUCUAUCCGGGAUUGCUUCGGUUUUACUAAACUUUGCUCUAUGAUUGGUCCAGAAAAAUCGCGCCACUUUCUCAACCAAUCAGACGCGUUUCAAGCAGUUUGCUUGUUUUCACUUUGACUUCUUAUUGGCUACUGAGAAUAUAAACCUUUGUUCUGAUUGGUGGCUGGGAUGACUUUGGUUUUGGUUUUUCGACACUCUUUGAAAACUGCUCUUGUAUAAAUCUACCAGUCUGUCAAAACUUAACUAAACAGGUUCGUGUUCAAACAGCUCACGCCACCUGCUAUUUAAUGUACUCACUGUUUAGCUAAGAAUAUAUAGCGAGCAGCGGUAUCCAAUCAGGCUGCAGCUUUUGUGACAGAGCGCUUGUAUGUCGGUACGAUAUAGUACAUACAUGUAGCUUGGCUUGUGAAGCGAUGAUUUCUCCUAUAUCAGCCUGAUAAAGGCAGAGCUAUACAUUAGCAGUGUUUCUGAAUAGGUAAUUUAUUUGUGUACCUUUUGUUAUCUUGAAGGGAAAAUCUGAAGUUGUUCUUUGUAAAAAGAAGUUGGAGGAUUUUACUCAGAGAUGGGUUGUUGCUGAAGAUGGGUAAGCUUAAGUACCUUAUUAAUUUUUUUUGUUUUUUGUUUUUUGUUUUUUUGAUACAUCAAAUUAUGUGCUUAGUCAUUUUUGUGGUUUGUUUCAGUUCCAUAUACCAGCGCUCCAACCAGCAGCUUGUGUUAACAGUUACCACCCCUCCUCUGGCGAACGAUCCAUUCACCCUAGAAUACUCCCCAGAGCAAGGUUUUGAAGGAGCAGCAGUGAUUGUAGCACAUCGUAAGGGCUGCGCCAAUGGGAAUGCCAGUCAGUUGUGGAGAUAUGAUCCUAUAACUGGAUUUAUAGAGGCUUUUUCUGCAGAUACUACGAACAGAGGUACAGUUAAUUUAAUUUGAUCAAAUGGACAACAGCUGUAUCUCAAUGAAGCCAAUUGUAUCACGACGCUUUAGUAGCGCAGGAAACGUGAUGGAUGAUACCAACUCGUUGAUAGUUUUGAUUUUGGCGCCGUUAUUUGCAACGGGAUCAAUCCUAGUCGGCCGCGCGCCAAUUUCCCGUGCAAAAUUGUAAAGGAUAACAUGAGAAAUAACAGUUUUCAUACCAAAUAUGAGAAAAAAGUAUUGUUACUUUCAUGUCAAAAUCUGUCAACGGAAACAAAAAGUAGAGGAAAGGAAAACUCGAAACUUUCGUACACAAAGCGGAUUUCACGCUGAUUUACCAUUUUAUUUCGGGCCCUACCAAAAGAUACGGUUUCCAAACACUGCAACGUACUGUGGAAACUUGGUUUGUCAGCGUGAAAAUACGCCAGCCUCUACAACUUUCGCUUGUCUUACUGCUGUGUUGUUAGGGAGUAUGAUAUGACAAACUGGGGUAGUUUUGGACUCUUUGAACAUUUAAAUGAUUACUGCCCUAGUUUAAAGUUUGAUUCAACAACACUACAACGGUUGGUGCAGACAAGUAAUUUUUUUUAUUCAUGUUAUGUUUCAGAAAUUUCUGCUGCUAACAAGGCUAACGUGUGUACAUUUGCUGUGCUGGGACCUCAACAAGUUCCUCAGCCAGUAAGUACAUCCAAGGAGAAGAUUCUCCUCUCUCUCUUCAAUCUCACAAUCGUUUUGGAAACUCAAAACGUUGUUAAAUCAUAAAUUCGUUUAACGUUACUCAGCAAUUCCGGUUGGAGGCUUAGUAAAACAUCUAGAGUACUAUCACUGACCCAUAAGAAUUUCCUGGUAUAUAGGUACACAAAAAUAUCUUCAGGUUGCCUUUAAAGUGUAUGAAUUCAGACUCUGCAAUGUUAUUGAACCAUAAUUUAUGUCCCAGGGCUAUGUGUACAUGUCUGGUACAUCUAAGGAAACUUACCUGUGUGAAGCUUGCGGGAAGGUGUCGAGAGGGAGACAUAAGCUACAGAGACUUCAUCAGUAUCACACAGGCUUUGCGUGUGCGUUAGGAACAGGUUUGUUUUAAAACAACAUAUAUUGUUUUUGAUGAUGUUUCCUAUCCUUGAAUCGCGAAAGAUGUGGUUAACGCAGGGGACCCGCCGCAAGCAGUUUCUGUUCCGUUCGUUUCUCCUUGAGUACCAUAUUUCUCUUAAGUCAUUUAAGCCUGAUUUUCAUAUGUGGAGAAAAUCCUCGACGAUCAGCAAUUUCACUGUUUUCCGACCGUCCCAGAUUUUACCACUAUAUCUGGAGAUCGUAAGACGUCUGUCCUCGCAGAUUCUUCCGAUAUUGAAUUUUAUUUAUGACACGGGGGUACUGGAACUAAGUAUCUGAAGGACACGGUAGCGGGCUGAACUAUCGUCAACCUCCUCGACAAUGAAUGAUCGCAGAUCAUAGCAGAAGUCUGAGACGCGUCGGGAAAAUAGAAAAGUUCCCGAUUUUUCCGAUUUGUCGCCGACCAUCCUGGACAGUCGGGUAUCUGUGAUUUCGAGUUUUCAUUUUACGGAAAAUCUGGCAUUGUUGGGAAAAAGUGAAAUUGCCAGCCGUCUUGGAUUUUCCCUACAUAUGAAAACCAGGCAUUGUUACAGAAGUCGCAGGUACUGCAAUCAACGACCGACGUGGCGAUAGAACUGUUCUUAUUGUUCUCUACUGCUUCCUUUUCUCUUUUCGGUUACCAGCCAAAAGUAAAGGAUUUUUCUUAAAAUAUUUUUCUCCUUUCUUCCAGCACAAGAGAAAGGGUUGAGGCUGAGCAGUUCUUUCAAGUGCUUGAACAGCAAGGUAAAACAGAAAAACAUUGUGCUUUAAAUAAAAUUGAGUGGACAUCGGUUCUUUGUAUUGAGCGAUAACAAAUGUGUGUCAUAUUUCCUAUACCUUUUUCAACUUUAUUGCACGCCAGAGGAUCGUGUUUCUGUAACGAGAUAUGGCCCACCUUGUGUUUGCCUUCAGCGAUGUUCCGUUCCGUUACGUUAUGUUUUUUGUCGUUAACAGGUUGACCUAUCAACUCUUGAAGCAGAAGCCACAUUGGACUUGUGGGAGCAUCAACUUGGAAGACUCAGAAAUGAAGGCAGUGUGCGGACCAUUACUCGUGAGCUGCACAUGGCUCAGAGUGUCCCUGCUGUCAGAAUAAGGGCCUUCAAGAACGGCGAAGGAAGCAGGGGGCAUGGGGAGAUUAUUAUUGGCUCCAGUAUUCACGCGGUACGUUUUUAAGGGUGCCAUCGUUUCAACCACUUAAAUUACCUUCUCAAAAACAUUUUGCCCUCGUUGCUCAAGGGGAUUUAGCUCAAGUUGGUAUUUUCCAUUUCUUUGUGUUUAUAUUUUACUUCUCUCAGUCAAAUUCUCUCUUUAAUUUUGAGAAAUAUAUUGUACAUGCACAACCUACAAAUUUGCGGGUCAACCCCUUAACUCCCAUGGCUGGUCAAGACAGAAUUUCUCCCUACAAUAUCAAUACAAUGUCAAGCAGACAAGUGAUGAGAAUUCAAAGAAUAUAAAUGAGGGGAUUAUUACUUGAUCUAAUACCAAAUUCUCAAAGCUAACAUCAUAUGAAUUUUUACGGCAGACAGUAAGGAGAAUUACUAAUAAGAUCUUAAGAGUGAAAGGGUUAAGUGUAAGAAGUCAAGUUAAAUUCUGCAUUUCAAGUAAGAGUGCAUCCCUAAUUACUGAAAUCAUAUGGCAGUCUUCUUGAAGUGAACAUUUCCUCCUUUCCCCAACUGCCUCCCUCAACGCACAGUUCCAGGUUUGUUAUCUGCGUGAGGUGUUUAUCUUCGAGCGCGACCAACAGCACGGCGCGGGCUAUUUUCGACCACCUGUCUACCGGUUUCCGCGCGAGAAAAAAAAACCCUUUUUUUUCUAGAAAUAGCACGAACCUAAUUUUUCCUGUCUUUGUUGAUGUAGCUACUUGAUCAGUGCACAGUUAGACUUGGAUUGGCGUCAGCUGCCCGCCGCCUGUACACGUGUUGUGGGGAGCUGAUCACUGAUGUACAGCAGCUUAUUAGACCAUAUGCUAUGAGGAAUGAGCAGGACAACGACACAGAAACACAACAACAGAUUGCCAGCUUCGACAGCAAAGCUAACAAGGUUGGUUCUGUUCUCUAAAUACUGGACAGCUAAAAUUGAUGCGAUAUGCAAACAGAAAUUGGAUCGUCAAGUAAGAGUGUAGUAAGUCAAAGUCAUCUAUGUUUGUACAACUGGUAAAUACAGUAAAGGGUUUCUCACAGAUCAAUUCCAAUCUUCUUUUAAAGAAUGGAAAUGGCGACAUAUUAUCCCUCUUAAAUACCUCUUACUAAUCGGGUUUGAGGUCCGUUCAGUAAGUUACAGACCGAGUUUUCUCUGCUCGGAUUUAGGGCCAAAGUGUGAAGCACGCGGGUCAUAAAUCCGAUUUAGAGGUUACAUUGUGAGGAGAAAUCAGAUGCUACUCACUCUCAGGGGUCAAAUGAAUAAUCAAUUCUUGAAGAAUUUUUAGCAGGAUAUCUAUUGUUUUUUGAUGGUCGUUUGUAAUUUGCAGAUCCCUGAAGAACGAUUGCUUCAUAAUGGUCAUGCAGUAGACGUUGUGGAAGCAGAAAACCGCCCAUUUUCCAAAACCAAGGGGUCAAGAUUAACUGCUGCCGAAGAAAGAGAGAAAGAACUGCUAGAGACAGAAGCUUUUGACAAGUUGAACAUCUCGGACGAUGAACACGAAGAUGACCAGUCCUCAGGGAAUGUGACAUUCCGAGUCAGUGAAGGCCGCACUGGUCCCGUGCCGAUCAUAAACGGUAAAGAUCAACAAGACUUUCCCAGAUGGGACGCUCGGUGGCCUAUUGAUGUCUGGGUAUCCUGUGGUGAACCGUUUAUGCCUUUGGAAGGUUUGUGCCAUGUUCUCACUCAAUGGACACAAGUAUAAAAGCGCGUGCGCGAGGAUGGCAGAAGUAUCGCAUACCGCUCUUGUUUCCCAUCGCAACCGCCAAGCGUUGUUCGCUCGCCAUUUCGCCCGUCUUUGCUGACCGAGAUAAGCGUUAAUAUUUUUAUCUUUUUCUUUAUACACGCUAAAAAAUUCAUUAGGCUACGACAAACAAUGAACGCAUUUAUAUCUAUGCUGAAAAUUACAAAUUGCUUACUACAGUUUAUAUGUGAGCCAACUAUUCACCAACUAAAAGCUUGUUUUUCAUGAACGCCGUGUGUCUAAUUUAUAAAUUUGAGAUGUAGUAAGCGAUUAAAUUGACUUGGCGAUUCUGUCUCUCUACGGUUACAAGUUAGACUGAUCCAGAGGGCUGCACCAAUGUAACUAAAACUAUUAUUGAGAUAGUUUGUUCGCUUGGAACGAGUCAGGCGCGUUCGGACUCGAAAGAUGAGUCACUUAUCUUUCGAGUCCGAACGUGCCUAACUCGUGGAACCUUUAGGCAGUAGUACUCCCUAAAGGUUCCAAUCAGUGCACACUUUGAGUAAAUUCAAUUAUUUUGACUUCUGUCAGAGGCUGAUAAGCAGUAUCUACUUUCGAUGAAACAUAGAGAGGAGAGAACCUGGGUACAAGCGUACCUUGACCAGGAGAAACACGUAUUGCGACAUAUGCAGGGUAAGUGGACUGAAAGUUAUGGCCUGUUUGAAAAUAUGGUGGAUCACAUAUGUUGCAAAAUAGAACACUGCUAUUGGUUAAGAAAGGUGUUUUUUUUGUCUUUAACUACCGUAAGGCGUUACGUUUCGCCUGACUCCGCAGAUUUUGUUGAAUGAGUUCUUUAUCAUAGUUUUUUUUGGUCCUUUUUUGUUGUUUUGUGGUCCUGUUUCUGUGGCAUAUUUUCUCACCGCAGUAAGUUUACUUACAGAAUUACUCAGAGCUUUUUCCCUCGCAAUGGUUUAUUUUUCUAUGCCUUCAAAGCUGUGGUUCUUUGCAACGUUUGAGAAGUCCAGCAGAUUUUGUCCUUGUGAUUGUAUCAACAAAGGGUCUCUAAACAGUUAAUCGGAUUAACAGACUAAAGUCCCUGAAAGAUUUGGCGGUUGACUUUGACUAGAAUACGAAAUACUUGUGCGCCAUGGCGAUUGAGAUUUUCCUGUCUAUUUGUUGUCGUCAGGACGACGAAUCAAUGGAAUGAGUCCUCCAUCCUCUCCUAGGGGAAAUGGACUGACAGUUGCAUGGCACGAACCCACCAGGGCCGAGGAAAAAAAGGAAGAGGCCAUCAAUGAACUCAAGGUUUGAUGCCUGCCUACUCAUCCCUUCAUUUCCAUCUUGUUACACCCUGGAGUUGCAUCCCAAUCUAUUUCCAUUCGUUGUGCUUGCAGGGCAAUGCGUGCGUUAUGCUUGUGUAGUUAGACUGUACGCGUCAUGUACGCUGGCUGUUGUAGUGCAUUUCACCGAGUUAACUGUUGGUUUUUUUUUGUAUGAAAACGUAUAAGCGAUGGCUAGUUUGUUUCUUAAAUUUUGUCAUAGUUUUGAUUAAUUGGUUACUUAAUUGACUUAGUGUCGUCCAAUUCUACCUGUAUUAAUACUUGUAAUAAGAAAUCGGACUCCCGCUCCGCGGUCGACCGAUUUUGUUUAUCACACGUAAAACUACAGACUGAAUUGAACUCCACUCAGUCCUAUCACCAAUUUUCAAUUUUUUUUAUCCUAAGAAUCAUUUACACGGAGUGAAAUCGCGACAAAGUCAAAGUGAAGUUGUGUUGAGCAAAAGUGCAAAAGAAUCCACACGGAGGCUUUACUCUAAACCAAAAACGGUAUUGUACAUACUGUCACGGGAGAUUGACCUACUUAUAUUGAUUUGUGUGCCCGAGUUAGUGUUCUUCGUUAGGAAUUGAGGGAUUCUUGUUAAUCGCUUGUCUGGUCAGGCGCCGCUUUGAAGGAAACGAAAAGCGAUUAAAUCAUUCAACCUGCAUCGGAAAUGUUUGAAUUACGUUUAUUUCUUGCAUUGUCCGUUUUAUAUGUCGGAAACUGCAGGUUUUUCUGUUCUUUGACUCUUCCGAAUAAGACACUUUCUCUCCUAAUUUAUCAUUUGUGUUUUUGUUUCUUUUUUCUCUGUCUAUAUCGUUUUUGUUUUCAAAAUAUAAUUUAGUUUAGUUUUGAAUUUAUGCGAUGUUUGAAUUUUUAUUUUGUGCAGGUGAGAGUUAACGUGUUCCCAAAUGGUGAAGGAAAGCAACGAAGUGUGGUUGCUUUUGGGGCCACCAUGCAAGAGGUUUGUCUUUUUCCUUUUAAAAUUUUUACUGCAAAGACUUGACUUUUUCUCUUUUCUUAUGCUUGUUUAGGAAUUCAACGAACCGACCUCGAAUGAUAUGCCGCCCCACUACCAUUAUGACUUUAUCCACUUUAAUCUUAAUUUUGAUAGGUUUAUAUGUUAUCAUGUGACUACCAUGACUUCUCCACCUGUGAGGCUAUCUUUGAUUUGAUUGGCGAAAUUUUGGGAACACCAGUAAAAAGUGUUGAUAAGCAGAAACUUGAGGUAUAGACAGUGUCCCCAUUAGAAAGACAUUCUGCCGGAAACAAAAUAAGGGCGAAACAAGUUUAAAACAAUGUAGGUAGAGUUUUAAGUCUUUGAGUUGAAGGAGCUCUAGUAUAGCUUUAUUAAAACACAAUUGUGUUAAUCCCUUUUUUAACUCUUGCAAUAAUUUGUGAUAAUUGCUCAGUUGUUAGAUGCAAGUACCGCCCGCCUGAAUUUGAGUAGCGCUGCUAGAAGAAUUUUUACACAGGAUGGCGACGAGGUGAGAAAAUCAGCGAUGGUUUUCUUGAGUAUUCUUUGUUUUUACACCUACCAUAAGCGAUUACUUGCUUGCUCUGAGGAAUAGAUGAUCCUCUUCAUAUCACCUAACCACAUGAAGUUAAAAAAAUUACGCCUUCAUAUACUGGCUUCUCUUCUCUCUCUAUCUCUUUCUCGCGCAUCCUUGCCGCAAGUUUCGUGAAGACAACUGGGCCCUUCCCACGAAGCUUAGCUUUGUAACACAUCUGGUUACCGGUAAAUUUUUUCUAUGAUUUCAGAUAACGAAUUUCGACGAAAUAGAAAGAGAUCAGUAUGUUUGUGUGAGCUGUGGUGAAGGAUUUCUUCGCGCCAGAGGUGAGACUCGCGUGUUUCAGUCGUAACAGUGUUUUCAAACCUACCACUAAAUUCAUCCCUUCAUUACCAACAGAAGUUUUCUUUCACUGGUCUUAAAACCGCUUAAUUACCUGGCUCUGCUAUCUUCUCAGAUCGUCAGCAUCGUCAAGAACUGAAAGCCACCUGGUCUCGUUUGAACAGACAGUCCGGUGGUACGGUGAUACCUGGCGAGGGACCGGUGACAAGGAACAGCGUAAGUCUUCAGAAAUGAAUGGGGUUAUUAGUUGUUAAAGAAUAUGUUGUGCAGCGUUGGCGGGCGAGUGAGAUAAUCCAUAAACUACUCUUGCUGAGGCACUUGUUGUCUGUAAAAUUUAUUGGAUAUGUAUGGUGAUAACUGUUACACCUUUCUACACCCCUGGAUAUGUUCUCCUACCGUUUAAUAUUACUUUGCUAAUAAAGAGCGAUGUUUGUCACGAAUGUGGGGACGAGCAAAAGUCUACACCCAGACCUUCUGAUUUCAUAGUCAGAUGCUCGACCAAUUAGCUACAAUGAACUUGUCGGUGAGCCAGGCAGUAUACUUGCUUCACAUCUUGCAAGUUUGUUGCUAAUUGUAAGGUUCCCUUUAAGCAACUACUUUCUUGUCAGUAUAAGCAAUCGUCAGCUUGUAAUACACUUUAACUUUAUUGUGUCGUUGUCCAUAUUAGGUAACAUUUGACAACACAAUCCUUGCCCUGCCUGCCCCAGUCUCUCCGCCGCCUCCGUCGCGUGUUCCACCGUCACCCACAAGACAGAUGUCUGUUCAUCGAAUGUCCAGCCGCCAUUGAUGAUUGAUUGACAGUUGUCAAUCAACAUAUUAACCGUUUUGUACCAUGAAUACUGUUUGAAUGAAGUGCGAGAUUUUAAAAAAUUUGUAUAUUUCAAGAAGAUAUUUAUUAUGUAAAAAUGGUACUGUUGUAAAUAGGAAGAUUAACAAAAAAUUUGCGUUAUCCUUUCCUGCAGAUGAAAUUUAAAUUUUUUUUUACAUUGAUGUCGUGCUUGGAAUCGUGUGAAAUUGUGUGAUUGGUCGUGUUACCUCGUAACAAGAAAAUGUUUGUUUAGCAGAGAAUGGUUUUAGGCCAUAGAGUAACAAGUUCGUCCUGAAAAUCAAAAAAUACAUUUGUUUUCAAUUUUUACGACUUCUAAAUUUGACUUUGUGAAAAUUGAGUCUACUUUAAGGUUAAAGUAAAACAUAACAUGUACGUGACAUGCGCACAAGCAGAGUCAGUAGCUGCCUCGAUCCUAUGCUCAUCCCAGCUUUACGGUGCCCUGGUUUUUUUUUUUUUUGGUUGGGGAAUUAAAUAUUGUACGGGUUGAUCUGAAUAGCGUGAUUAAGUUAUUUCCAUGUGAGUGCUGCUUUCUUUCUGCUGAUGCAAAACAUCGUGUCUUGUUCCAGAUUAUUAGUCUCUAUAGAGACUUUUGAAUUGCGUCGGCGGGCAAGUAAUAUAGUGGGUAAGAAUUCUGUGGUUGAUGUCUUGUCCAUGGUAUGUGGUCCUUGACUUAUGAUUAGUCAAUAAUAUGCCACGUGACACAACCGACCUAUCCCCUUGACGAGACCUUGUGCAAAUGUGACAAGCAUGUAUUCAGUCAGAAGGGCGUUUUAGUUCUAGAGAUUCAAUAAAUGACUUUUAAGAGAACCAGCUGUGAAAUCGUGUGGAACAUAUUGGAUAGACUAAGCAACAUCUCAGUAAAUCCCUCUUGGAUGGACAAAUGAAAGAAGUAAUUUUUAACCUUAAAUGCUUCAGAGUUGGAACUUUAAAUCACUUAUCAC